AUGUUGAUGUCGCUUGAACUAUCGAGCUUAUCAAGGAUGGGUCAGAUAGGCUUAGAUCCCAAGGUCUUGCCCUCCCUUUACUUUUCACCUGGCUUGUGGUUCCUUGUAGAUUUCGAAACCCUACGCGCGCCUCUUCAAGAGCUGCCAUUUCUGACCAACCUCACACUAGACCAGGUUCCGCUGUACUCUGAAACGCCUAGGCAGCCUAUCGCCAUAGAACUUGGCUGUCUGCGGUUUUUGCGAUUUAUAAUAGAACCACAGCGGGACUGCGAUGAAGAUGUCGCUUGCAGCACACUUUCGCUGGUCAGAGCGCCAAUUCUGAGCCAUUAUGAAAUAAACCUCUCGAAACGACCCGUUACAUUCAAAAAAUACUCCAAUUACUUCCGAAUAAAUCCUCCUGCCUAUCCUGAACUUCAUACUCUUACGUUGUACCAAGCCUCCGAUAUCGCGCAUUCCGUGGCCUCAGCUUUUCACAACAUCACCUCACUCCAAGUCAUAGGCCGCAUAGGAAGUGUUCUGGAUAUCUUGGAGAGCUCUGAUAACGGAGUGUAUUGGGAACAUCUACAAGAACUAGUCUUGGAAUGCCCGCGUAUAGAUAUCCGCAAACUCACUUGGGUGAUUCAGAAGCGGAAGAAGAGUGGCUACCCAGUCAGCAAGGUUGAGCUCGACGGUGCAGUCGAGUGCAACGGUGCGAGGCAGUUUGAUGACUGGCUUCACACCCAACUCGGUGGCAUGGCCAAUAGUAUGCUUACCUGCCGUGAGGUACUGGAGAUAUACACAUCAUCGCUCGACGCGAUGUAG